AACAAUUGCUGGUCCACGAGUAGUCGAACAGAUUAGUGCACCAUGGCAGUGCAACCGUUGCAGCUUGGGCCGCUGGACUAUCAGAACUUGUCUAGUUUUUUCCCUGCGUAUUUCCCUUCGGAUCUAGGUGAAGGAGGUGUGAUGAGGCGAGAGGAAGCUCAAGAGGCGCUUCAAUGGUGCAUGGCCUUUACCUGUGUGGCCUUCAAUUCAACUGUCCCCGAGAUCUCGGAAGCGCUGCAACACCGGAGGGCCCGAUUCUCUUUAGAUCAACUUCGCUCUGCAAGACACGGGUCCCCAAACUCAGAGUUUGAUUUGGCAAAGAGACUUAUGUGUCAGGCCGACAAGUGCCUCGCCGAAAUUGGAUUGGGUUUUGAUCUUGCAUGCGCCCUUCUUCAGAGACACACUCCAAAGCUCCAUGAGAACAUAGAGAGCCCUGCCAUGCGGCCGGUUGAUGUAGAGCUGGUGGCGCCGGAGUUAGACCAACCAGUCCAAGCCGUGCGAUCAGAGAUGAUUGAUCGCUAUAUAGGUCUCAGAGGAACGGUGGUGCGUGCUGCGAACAUUUCUCCUUUGAUCACCGAAUUGAGUUUUACAUGCGGUCGCUGUUCCACAGAAGUGGUCAUGAAAGCAGUCGAGGGCCGCUUUGAAUAUCCAUCCAGCUGUCCCAAGAAGUGCCGUUUUGCGCGAUUCAGUGUCAACAGAGAGAAGUGCAAAGCUAUUGAUUGGCAGCGUGUCCGUUUGCAAGAAGACUAUGCUGAAAUGGCAGCUGGAAAUGGACCACAAAGACGCAUGCCUCGUACUGUGGACUGUGAUCUGAAGCGUGGGCUGGUCGGCUCCUGUGUGCCCGGGGAUGUAGUGACUGUCUAUGGAAUUGUCCGCUGCAUGCCAACAUCGGGGGGCAUGUCGGGCGGUGGUGAUGGCCGCCAAGCGCCCACAAAGUCCUUGUACAUAUUGUUUUUGGAGGUGAAGGCAGUUGUGAACAAUCGCCGUGCUGACUCACUAAAUCGGACUGGCACGGCCCAGUGCGAGGACGAGUUCUCACCUUUGCAGCUGUCCUUCAUUCGGGAGAUUUACAAGGAGCACGAAAAGUUGCCACUCUUGGUGGCAUCAUUUUGCCAGCACAUUUAUGGCCAGCACUUGGUGAAGGCAGCUUUGCUCCUUGCAGUGCUCGGAGGACUUCCUAUCCGUUCAGAUGGUCCAGAGCAGCGCCUGCGACGCAGAGGUGAUGUGCAUGUGCUCCUGUUGGGAGAUCCAGGCCUUGGCAAGAGUGAGCUGCUGAGAGCCCUUGCAAGAUUGAGUCACCGAGGCGUGUACGUCUCUGGGAAUUCCUCAUCAACUGCAGGAUUGACAGCCUCUGUUGUGCGAGAUCCGUCUGGAGAGUUUGCUUUAGAGGCUGGGGCUUUGAUUCUGGCCGACAAUGGCCUUUGCUGCAUUGAUGAGUUUGACAAGAUGGGCUCGGAUCAGCAGUCCUUGCUGGAAGCCAUGGAGCAACAGACUGUAUCCAUUGCAAAGGCAGGGAUUGUUUGCACCUUACCUGCCAGAACCACCGUGGUCACCGCAGCCAAUCCCAGCAAGGGCUCCUGGGAUAUGAGCUUGACACUUGCGCAGAACCUGAAGGGUGUGAUGUCUGAAGCCCUCCUGAGUCGUUUUGAUAUCAUAUUCCUCAUGCGCACCGAGGAUGAUCCCAACCAGGAUUCUGCCAUGUCUCGGCACAUCAUCAACCAGCGCAUGCACAAUGCACGCCGCCCAGACCCCCAGCCAGAAGAUUGGUCCAACACAGCUGAUGCAGAAUCGGGCCGAGAGAGCUUAAAGAGCAGGUUGACACAGGCAAGUGCAGAGCAAGCUCUUCCGGCCGAGCUUUUGCAGACCUACCUUCGCUAUGCCAAGCGGUAUGCUCACCCCACCCUGAGUAAAGAGGCCAAGCAGCGCAUCAAGGAGUUCUAUUUGGAGCGACGGAAUGGGCCGCAGGGUGCGCUCCUGGUGACGCCGCGGCAGCUCGAAGCCUUAAUCCGCUUGAGUGAGGCGAGGGCGCGGGCAGAACUCCGAGACGUGGUCACCAAAGCAGAUGUGGAGGAUGUCUUGGAACUCCUUCGUCAUGGCUUCAACUUUCAGGAAGAAUUCUUACAAGUUCCAACGCGGAAGGGCAAAUCAAAAUCAAAUGCCUUGGUGGAUCGACUGACCCAGUUCAUGGAUCGACGCGUGCGUGCAACUGGUUGCAGGGAGUUUCGAGUGCAAGAUCUGAAGGCCAUGGCUGGAAAUGUAGACGACAAAGAUUGGGAGAAGGCCAUGAGGCUUCUGAAUGAGCCGGGGACACUUACACUUGCGGGGGCUGGCAAGUUUCUGUACAAUCCUGGGAUGAGCUGAGAGCCAAGAGCCAUUCGGGGCUGG